GACCGCUCGGCCGGCCUCGCGCUGCACAUUCUCUCCUGGCGGCGGCGCCACCUGCAGUAGCGUUCGCCCGAACAUGGCGACAGGGAGCAGCAGGAGGGAGUCGCGACUCCCCUUCCUAUUUACCCUGGUUGCGCUGCUGCCGUCCGGGGCUCUUGGCGAAGUCUGGACGCAGAGACUGAUGAGCGGCGGCUCCCCCUCACCCCAGGACCGGGGCUUCCUCGUGGUGGAGAGCGACCCGCGCGAACUGCGGCUGUGGGCGCGCGGGGAUGCCAGUGGGGUGAGUCGGGCAGAAGAGAAGCAGCUCCGGAGGAGACGGAGCGCAGUCCUGCAGCCUGAGCUCAUCAAGGUGUACGGACAGGUUAGUCUGAAUGAUUCCCACAAUCAGAUGGUGGUACACUGGGCCGGAGAGAAAAGCAAUGUGAUCGUGGCCUUAGCUCGAGACAGCCUGGCAUUGACAAGGCCCAAGAGCAGUGAUGUGUACGUGUCUUAUGACUAUGGAAAAUCAUUCGAGAAAAUCUCAGAGAAGUUGAACUUUGGUGUGGGAAAUAGCACCGAAUCUGUCAUCUCCCAGUUCUACCACAGUCCUGCCGACAACAAGCGUUACAUCUUUGCAGAUGCGUAUGCUCAGUACUUGUGGAUCACAUUUGACUUCUGCAACACUGUCCAUGGCUUUUCCAUCCCAUUUCGAGCAGCUGAUCUCCUCCUACAUAACAUGGCCUCAGAUCUUCUCCUGGGAUUUGACAGGUCUCACCCCAACAAGCAGCUAUGGAAAUCAGAUGAUUUUGGUCAGACCUGGAUCAUGAUUCAGGAACAUGUCAAGUCAUUUGCAUGGGGAAUUGAUCCGUAUGACAAGCCAAAUACCAUCUACAUUGAACGGCAUGAACCUUCUGGUUACUCUACAGUUUUCCGAAGUACAGACUUCUUCCAGUCCCGGGAAAACCAGGAAGUGAUUCUCGAGGAAGUGAAAGACUUCCAGCUUCGGGACAAGUACAUGUUUGCUACCAAAGUGGUGCAUCACUCGGGCAGUCAGCAGCAGUCUUCUGUCCAGCUCUGGGUCUCCUUUGGCCGGAAGCCCAUGCGAGCAGCCCAGUUUGUCACCAGGCAUCCUAUUAAUGAAUAUUACAUCGCAGAUGCCUCGGAAGACCAGGUGUUUGUGUGUGUCAGUCACAGUGACAACCGUACUAAUUUGUACAUCUCAGAGGCGGAGGGGCUGAAGUUUUCUCUGUCUUUGGAGAAUGUGCUGUACUACAGCCCAGGGGGAGCUGGCGGUGACACCUUGGUGAGGUAUUUUGCAAAUGAGCCAUUUGCUGACUUCCACCGAGUGGAAGGAUUGCAAGGCGUAUACAUUGCUACACUGAUUAACGGCUCUAUGAACGAGGAGAACAUGAGAUCGGUCAUCACCUUUGACAAAGGAGGAACUUGGGAAUUUCUUCAGGCUCCAGCCUUCACAGGAUAUGGAGAGAAAAUAAAUUGUGAGCUUUCCCAGGGUUGUUCCCUGCACCUGGCCCAGCGUCUUAGUCAGCUGCUUAACUUCCAGCUCCGGAGAAUGCCCAUCCUGUCCAAGGAGUCUGCUCCAGGUCUUAUCAUUGCCACCGGUUCUGUGGGAAAGAACUUGGCAAGCAAGACGAACGUGUACAUCUCUAGCAGUGCCGGAGCUAGGUGGCGAGAGGCACUCCCUGGACCUCACUAUUAUACCUGGGGUGACCAUGGCGGCAUCAUCGUGGCUAUUGCCCAGGGGAUGGAAACCAAUGAACUGAAAUACAGUACCAAUGAAGGGGAGACCUGGAAAACGUUCCUGUUCUCUGAGAGGCCGGUGUUUGUGUACGGCCUCCUCACAGAGCCUGGGGAAAAGAGCACUGUUUUCACCAUCUUUGGCUCCAACAAAGAGAAUGCCCACAGCUGGCUGAUCCUCCAGGUCAAUGCUACUGAUGCCUUGGGGGUUCCCUGCACAGAGAAUGACUACAAGCUGUGGUCACCCUCUGAUGAGCGGGGGAAUGAGUGCUUGCUAGGACAUAAGACAGUUUUCAAACGGAGGACCCCCCAUGCCACGUGUUUUAAUGGAGAAGACUUUGACAGGCCGGUGGUCGUGUCCAACUGCUCAUGCACCCGGGAGGAUUAUGAAUGUGACUUUGGUUUCAAGAUGAGUGAAGACUUGUCAUUGGAAGUUUGUGUUCCAGAUCCUGAGUUUUCUGGGAAGUCAUAUUCACCUCCUGCGCCUUGUCCUGUGGGUUCUACUUACAGGAGAACAAGAGGGUACCGGAAGAUUUCUGGGGACACUUGUAGUGGUGGAGACGUUGAAGCACGACUGGAAGGAGAGUUGGUCCCCUGCCCCCUAGCAGAGGAGAACGAGUUCAUUUUGUAUGCCAUGCGGAAGUCCAUCCACCGCUAUGACUUAGCCUCAGGGGCCACUGAGCAGUUGCCGCUCACCGGCUUGCGGGCAGCAGUGGCCCUCGACUUUGACUAUGAACACAACUGCUUGUAUUGGUCUGACCUGGCCUUGGACCUCAUCCAGCGCCUCUGCUUGAAUGGGAGUACAGGCCAGGAGGUGAUCAUCAAUUCUGGCCUGGAGACAGUAGAAGCUUUGGCUUUUGAACCCCUUAGCCAGUUGCUUUACUGGGUCGAUGCCGGCUUAAAAAAAAUUGAGGUAGCUAAUCCAGAUGGUAACUUCCGGCUCACAAUCAUCAAUUCCUCUGUGCUUGACCGGCCCAGGGCUCUGGUUCUCGUUCCUCAAGAGGGGAUGAUGUUCUGGACGGACUGGGGAGACCUGAGGCCAGGGAUUUAUCGCAGCAAUAUGGAUGGCUCUGCUGUCCAUCGCCUGGUCUCUGAAGAUGUGAAGUGGCCCAAUGGCAUCUCUGUGGAUGACCAGUGGAUCUACUGGACAGAUGCCUACCUGGACUGUAUUGAGAGGAUCAGCUUCAGUGGCCAGCAGCGCUCAGUAAUCCUGGACAACCUCCCACACCCCUACGCCAUUGCCAUCUUUAAGAAUGAAAUCUACUGGGAUGACUGGUCCCAGCUCAGCAUCUUCCGAGCUUCCAAAUACAGUGGGUCCCAGAUGGAGAUUCUAGCGAGCCAGCUCACCGGUCUGAUGGACUUGAAGAUCUUUUACAAGGGAAAGACCAUGGGAAGCAAUGCCUGUGUGUCCAGUCCUUGCAGCCUGCUCUGCCUGCCCAAAGCCAAUCACAGUAGAAGCUGCAGGUGCCCAGAGGGUGUAUCGAGCAAGGUCCUACCAUCUGGGGACCUACUGUGUGACUGUCCUUCAGGCUAUCAGUUGGAGAACAACACCUGUGUCAAAGAAGCAAACACCUGUCAGCGCAAUCAGUACCGCUGCAGCAACGGGAACUGCAUCAACAGCAUCUGGUGGUGCGAUUUUGACAAUGAUUGUGGGGACAUGAGCGACGAGAGGAACUGCCCUACCACUGUUUGUGACCUGGACACCCAGUUCCGUUGCCAGGAGUCUGGGACCUGUAUUCCCCUCUCCUAUAAAUGUGACCUGGAGGAUGACUGUGGAGACAACAGUGAUGAAACUCACUGUGAAGCUCACCAGUGCCGAAGCGAUGAAUACAAUUGCAGCUCUGGCAUGUGCAUCCGCUCUUCCUGGGUGUGUGAUGGGGACAAUGACUGCCGGGAUUGGUCUGAUGAAGCCAACUGCACUGCCAUCUAUCACACCUGUGAGGCCUCCAACUUUCAAUGCCACAGUGGACACUGUAUCCCUCAGCGCUGGGCCUGUGAUGGGGACACAGAUUGCCAAGAUGGUUCUGAUGAGGAUCCAGUCAACUGUGAGAAGAAGUGUAAUGGGUUCCGUUGCUCGAAUGGCGUUUGCAUCCCAUCCAGCAAGCAUUGUAAUGGUCUCCAUGACUGCUCAGAUGGCUCCGAUGAGCAGCAUUGUGGCCUCCUCUGCACACGCUUCAUGGACUUUAUGUGUAAGAAUCGCCUGCAGUGCCUCUUCCACUCCAUGGUCUGUGAUGGCAUCAUCCAGUGCCUCGAUGGGUCGGACGAGGAUUCCACAUUUGCGGGAUGCUCUCCGGGCCCUGAGUUCCACAAGAAUUGUGAUGCGUUGAGUUUCCAGUGUCAGAAUGGCGUGUGCAUCAGUGUGAUUUGGAAAUGCGAUGGGAUGGAUGACUGUGGUGAUUACUCAGAUGAAGCCAACUGCGAAAACCCCACAGAAGCCCCCAACUGUUCCCGCUACUUCCAGUUCCAGUGUGAGAACGGCCACUGCAUCCCUAACAGGUGGAAAUGCGACCGGGAAAACGAUUGUGGGGACUGGUCUGAUGAGAAGGACUGUGGAGAUUCACAUAUGCUUCCAUCCCCAACUCCUGGAUCCUCCACAUGUCUGCCCAAUUACUACCGCUGUAGCAGUGGGACCUGCGUGAUGGACAGCUGGGUGUGUGACGGGUACCGUGAUUGUGCUGACGGGUCUGAUGAGGAAGCCUGCCCCUCUCCUGGAAAUGUAACCGCCCCUUCUAGUACCACUCAGCUUGGGCGAUGUGACCGAUUUGAGUUCGAGUGCCGGCAACCAAAGAAGUGCAUCCCCAACUGGAAACGCUGCGACGGUCACCGGGAUUGUCAGGAUGGCCAAGAUGAGGCCAAUUGCCCCACACGCAGCACGUUGACCUGCAUGAGCAGGGAGUUCAGGUGUGAGGACGGCGAGACCUGCAUUUUGCUGUCUGAACGCUGUGACGGCUUUCUGGACUGCUCUGACGGCAGCGAUGAGAGGACCUGCAGUGAUGAUUCAACUGUAUACAAAGUUCAGAAUCUUCAGUGGACUGCUGAUUUCUCCGGGGACAUAACUUUGACCUGGAUGAGGCCCAAAAAAAUGCCUUCUGCUUCUUGCGUCUACAACAUCUAUUACAGAGUGGUUGGAGAGAGCGUAUGGAAAACUCUGGAGACCCACAGCAAUAAAACAAGCACGAUAUUAAAAGUCUUGAAACCAGAUACCACCUAUCAGGUUAAAGUGCAGGUCCAGUGUUUGAGUAAGGUGCACAACACCAAUGACUUUGUGAACCUGAGGACUCCAGAAGGAUUGCCAGAUGCCCCUCAAAAUCUGCAGCUAUCGCUCUACAGUGAAGCCGAAUGUGUGAUUGUGGGUCACUGGACUCCUCCUGCCCACGCCCGUGGCCUUGUCCGAGAGUACAUUGUAGAAUACAGCAGGAGUGGUUCCAAGAUGUGGGCCUCCCAGAGGGCUCCUAGUAAUUUUACCGAAAUCAAGGACCUGUUGGCCAACGCUCUCUAUACUGUCAGAGUGGCUGCGGUGACUAGUCGUGGAAUAGGAAACUGGAGCGAUUCUAAAUCCAUUACCACCAUAAAAGGAAAAGUGAUCCCACCGCCACAUAUCCACAUUGACAGCUACAAUGAAAAUUCCCUAAGCUUUACGCUGACGGUGGAAACUGACAUCAAGGUAAAUGGCUAUGUGGUGAACCUGUUCUGGGCAUUUGACACCCACAAACAAGAGAAGAAAACCAUGAGCUUCCAAGGGAGUAUCUUGUCACACAAAGUCGGCAAUCUGACAGCUCAUACAGCCUAUGAACUCUCUGCUUGGGCCAGAACAGACCUGGGGGACAGUCCUUUGGCAUUUGAGCAUGUCAUGACCAACGGGACUCGUCCACCCACCCCUAGCCUCAAAGCCAAGGCCAUCAAUCAGACCGCUGUGGAAUGCAGCUGGACUGGUCCCAGGAAUGUGGUUUAUGGCAUCUUCUAUGCUACAUCCUUUCUUGACCUCUAUUGCAACCCGAAGAGCGUGACAACUUCAUUCCACAACAAGACAGUAAUAGUCAAUAGGGAUGAGCAGUAUUUGUUUCUGGUCCGAGUGAUGAUGCCUUACCAAGGGCCAUCGUCCGACUACAUCGUAGUGAAGAUGAUCCCAGACAGCAGGCUUCCACCCCGCCACCUUCAUGUGGUGCAUACAGGCAAAACCUCAGCUGUCAUCAAGUGGGAAUCACCGUACGACUCUCCUGACCAGGACCUGUUUUAUGCAAUUGCAGUUAAAGAUCUAAUAAGAAAGACUGACAGGAGCUACAAAGUGAAGUCCCGCAACAGUACCGUGGAAUACACCAUUAGCAAGUUGGAACCUGGAGGGAAAUACCAUGUCAUUGUCCAGCUGGGGAACAUGAGCAAGGAUUCCAGUAUAAAAAUUACCACAGUUUCGUUAUCAGCACCUGAUGCCUUAAAAAUCAUAACAGAAAAUGACCACAUCCUUCUGUUCUGGAAAAGUCUAGCUUUAAAGGACAAACAUUUUAAUGAAAGCAGGGGGUACCAGGUACACAUGUUUGAUAGUGCCAUGAAUAUCUCGACUUACCUUGGGAAUACCACUGACAAUUUCUUUAAGAUUGCCAAUCUGAAGAUGGGUCAUAAUUAUACUUUCACUGUCCAAGCUAGAUGCCUAUUUGGCAGCCAGAUCUGUGGGGAGCCUGCUGUUCUGCUCUAUGAUGAUUUGGGCACCGGUGCAGACACAUCAACGCUACAGGCUGCCAGAUCUACUGAUGUGGCUGCAGUGGUAGUCCCCAUCUUGUUCCUGAUAUUGCUGAGCCUGGGUGUUGGGUUUGCCAUUCUGUACACAAAGCAUCGGAGGCUUCAGAGCAGUUUCACAGCGUUCGCAAAUAGCCACUACAGCUCCAGGCUGGGCUCUGCCAUCUUCUCCUCAGGGGAUGACCUGGGGGAGGAUGAUGAAGAUGCUCCGAUGAUAACUGGAUUUUCAGAUGAUGUCCCCAUGGUGAUAGCCUGAAAGAGCUUCCCUCACUAGAAACCAAAUGGUGUACAUAUUUUAUUUGAUAUAGUUGAUGGUUUAUUUUAAAGAUGCACUUUGAGUUGCAAUAUGUUAUUUUUAUAUGGGCCAAAAACAAAA